AGUUUUUUUCCAAUUAUAUCACUCAUAUCAAGCUCUUAAGAUGUCUUUUGAAAACAAGAACUUGUUCCACUUAUUGGGCAACGACGUGGAGGAUGACACCACUCCAGCUCCAGCUCCAAAGGAAAUUGUGAGAAACACUGGUUCUUCUAAGAAGGCUGAUGUUCCUCCAGCUUCCGCUGACCCAUCCAAGGCCAAGAAGAAGGCCAAGGUUACUGGUAACGAAGGUGCCUUAAAGAACAAGGUCAACAACAAGACCGUUCCUGGUCCAUCCGCUACUCCAUCUAAGCACUCCAAGAAGUCUUUCGACCGUCACUCCAGAAGUGGUAAGACUGACUCUGCCAAGAAGCUUAAGCAAGGUUGGGGUUCUGAUGACAAGAGAGAUGUUGACGAAUCCGCUGCUGCCGCUGACGCUGAAGCUGAAGCUGAAGAUGAAGCUAACACCGUUGAUGAAUCUCCAGCUGUUCAAAAGAAGUCUUUGCAAGAUUACUUUGCUGAAUUAGCUUUGAAGAAGGAUGAAUUUGCUUCUAAGACUGUUAGAAAGGCCAACCAAGGUGCUGAAGACAAGUGGACUGAAUCCGAAACUAUCACCAAGGAUCAAGAAGCUUUCAUUCAACCAACCCAAGGUAAGAAGCUUAAGUCUAAGGCUCCAAAGGAAAAGAAGUUCUUGGACAUUGAUGCCAAGUUUGCUGAUGAAACUUCUUCUGCUCCAAAGAAGACUUUUGAAUCCAAGAGACCAGCCAGAGGUAGAGGUGGUAAGGCUACUUCUUCUAGAAAGCCAGCCUCCUCCGGUGCUGCUAAGCCAGCUGUUGACGACAAGAACUUUCCAUCUUUGUAAGGAAGCUGUCGGGCCCCGCCUACAACGUAUAGCUACAAAUAUAC